CAUUAGAGAUCGGUCCAUAAGGUCGUGCUGCUGCAGGUGGACUUCUUCGAGAUCACCUUGGCAGAUGUCUAGGGGCGUUUUCUUCCAAUCUUGGGGCUUGCUCAAUCACAAGAGCCGAGUUGAGGGCAGCAGUGGAAGGCCUGGAAAUGGCUUGGAAGCUCGGCCACAGAAGAGUUGAGCUCAAUCUUGACUCAACCACUGCUCUCAACAUCAUCAGAAACAGGGAUCAGACUGAUCUCUGCCAUGGAGCUAUUGCUGAUUAUUUUGGGGAGUUACUUAGUAGGGAAUGGAAUGUUGAAAUGAAGCAUAUAUUCCGUGAAUGUAAUUUUGCAGCUGAUUUCCUUUCGAACAAGGGUCACUCCCUCUCUUUUGGCUCACAUCUCUUCAAUGUGAGCGACCCGAACCUUUGUUAUUGGUUAUUUUACGACAACAUGGGUAUUUCCUGUUGUCGUGAGGUUAAUGAGAUGAUCUAGGGUGCUGUUUGCACCUGUCUUCUACCAAAAAAAAAGAGAUCGGUCCAUACUCCAUGCACAUUCAAAUUAAAUAGGCCAUAUAUAUAUGAUAAUUAACCUUUUUGUAUCCAUACCCAACAAGGGUUCCAACAUUCUAUCUACUUCAGAAUGGAUCAAUGUUCUAUUGUAACUUGAAUUUGGAUAUGGGUCAUGGACUCAAGGAAUCAUGGUUCAUGUUAAUCGCUGGGAUCUAAGUUCGAGGAUCCAUCGUAGUAUAGCUGAUUUGAUACCGAUCAUGCUAGCAGUUAGUUCUCUAUCAAAAUCUAUUAUCAGGUCGCUCCAAAUCAGUUUUAAGGUCCCAAUUUGGAGUACUUCGAGUUUUAUUUUAAAAAUUUUGAUUUAAGUUUGAGAUGAAUCAUACAUGAUUCAAUCUGAUCAUGUUGCAAUUCCUAAUUCGAUGCUCUAAAUGGAAUCAUAUCGCGUUGUUUUGGUGCAUUCAGUUCCUGAUUCUAUGUUCAAUUCUCUUCGGUAUGCAUCUCAACCUCUACCUCUACCUCUACCUCCUUCAAAUCUCUCUCAUUUAGUGUGAAAGAUUUGACCACAUUACAAUUCCCCACUAGCGCAGAUAGAGACAGGGGCGGACCCACGGGUGUUUAGGGGUGUCCCCGGACACCCCUAAAUUUUGGGAAAACGAUUAUCCAACCCCUGGUAGUUAUUUACGUAUUGACAAAAAAAAAUAUAAUUGAUAGUCGGGGACACCCCUAAAUUUUAAAAAAGUGAUUAUCCUACUCUCAUCUUUUAGUUUGAGUAUGAGAAAUUAAGUCGUAGUUUGGGUAAUUCAAGUUUAGAAAUUGAAUAUGUGAUCAGUUCGUGAAUGAUUGUCUAAUAUGAUAUACAGAGACAAUUUUUUUUUAAUAGUGUUGACCCCCAAGUGUGUUCUACAAUCAUUUUUUAAUAUGAAAACACAUUGUGAAUUUUUUCAAAUUAUAUGAGUAAAGUAUUUCUUAUUUAAAUAUUAUUUAUUUUUUAUUAAUUCUUUUAGAAUUAUUUGUAUUUAAUUUAUUUUUUAAAAGAGGACACCCUUAUGUAAAAUUUCUGGCGCCACUGGAUAGAGAUGAAGUAGUACGUAGUAAUGGUGGAGAAUCUGUAGUGGUGGACUUCUUUGUAUCGUACUCGAUCGAUCCAUCCAUCGCCAUGAUCUUUGAUGAAUGAUGAUGAUGAUGAUGAUCUUCCCUAAUCUUUUUCAGCCCCCACUUUUCUUUUUGUUUUUGUAGUUUGGUUAGAAAUUAGUGAUGAUUUCAUCCCCUUCUUUUCUACACAAUAUUAUUGAUGGAGAAAUCUUUUUUGGUCCACCCUUUGGAUUUUGCUGUCCGUCCAAAACAUAUAUAAUCCAAUUUAGCACAUAACUACAAAUCAUGACUAACCCACAAAGCAACACUCACCCAAUCACUCACGAACACACUAAUCGGUUAAAAUGAAAGAGACUUCAAGGGUCCCAAAAAUUUAACCCUCCAUGCUCCGACCAUCGUGAUGAGUGCGCGAAUUUGAACUCGAGAGGUUUUAUGUUCGAGUUGUGGAAAUUAUCACGUCGGAGUGUAACUCAGCUCGGUGGACAUCAUUAAGAUGAUUGUGUCUAUGUCUUAAUGGUUCGACUAAUAGAUUUGUUUGGUAUUUAUAGGAAUCGGGGUUUCUUCUCUGUGACAUUCCAAGUAGGCCGGUAAAGGAUUUGGAUUUAAUAGGUUAUGGAUUCAUGUAUUGACAACCAUAGAUUUUUCAUGUAACUUUCUUAGCGAAUAUCGUUACAACAAUUUCGUCUUUGUCUUAAUCAUUCGAGUAGAUUAAUUGUUGCUUGAGGAUAAGGAUUUGUCGUCCUAUGCCAAAGUAAGCCGAUAAAGGCAUUAAAUUUUU